UAGAAACUAACUUCAAAUAAAUAAACACAACUUAAGCUAAAAUGGUGGGGCCCUUUGUGCAGGGCGUGUUUCUAAUUGGCAUCAUCUAUUGGUACUCCAAGGGUAUGAUGUCCAUGAUCAAUGAUUAUUAUCGCAGCGAAUUUCAACGUAAACUAAGCACAGAGAGUGGCGCUAAGCAAGCAGCUCAAGCUCAACUGAACGUGGAUAACUUUAUGGAUUAUGUGCGUGAGCUGGAUGCCAAAGAUUUAACAAACUAUAAGGCAAUGAAUAAUGUCGCAGACAACUCCUUAAAUCCCCAGCUGGGCAACUCUUAUAUAUUGCUGCGUUUCAUGCAGAUCACAGGUGCAGCCAAGCAACCAGAUUUUUGUAGUACUCAGCAAUUGGCCAGCAAUGAAGCCAUAAGUUAACAUAUAGAAUAAUUAUAAUUUCUUAAAU